AUGAAAGCCACCAUCACAUCGACGCUGGGCAGUGCUGCGGCGCUGCUGGCAGCUGUCAGCUCUAGUCAAGCAGCACCCGCCGGACUCUCUGUAAGGCAAGAGCAAGGUGUGCGGGCCUCGUACGAUGUCACCAAGUGUCCAGGCUACAAGCUCGACAGUCCGAUCAACGAGUCCGAGCAUGGCUUCACUGCUCCCCUCUCCCUCGCUGGUGUUGAGUGUCACGCGUACGGCUACGACAUCAACAAUCUCACGCUCUCGGUGGUGUACGAGACGGUGGACCGGAUGCAUGUUCACAUCUACGACACAGAUCUCAAACAGUACCAGCAGCCCAUAGACAUGCUCUUCAAUCGAUCCGACUCCGAUCCUGCCAAGGUUGACAACGCCUCCACCAAGGGUGCUUCCCACCUCGAGUUCCACAUGUCCGACAAUUCUUCGCAGCUGUUCGAGUGGUGGAUCACCCGAAAGGGUUCUGAUGGCGCACCCCUCUUCGACACACGUCAAUCGAACCUUCCUACAUUCGAUCAAGGCCUUUCUCAAUUCAAUGACAGCCAGCGCAACACGACAGCCAUACGCAGCAACGCCAUGGUGUUCGAGAAUCAGUAUCUGCAGCUAUCCUCUGCUCUGCCAAAGGACGCUUCCCUGUACGGACUGGGCGAGCGCUACAGCGGCGGCGGCAUUGGCGAUUCCAGCUGGAGACUCCCCACCAACAUGCUUCAACCUUUCUUCACGCUGGAUGAUGGCGAUCCUUUGGAGUCCAACAUGUACGGCUACCAUCCCAUCUACCUCGAGACUCGCGCGACUGCUGACAACAAGACCGAAAGCCACGUGGUGGCUUUCCAAUCGACCGCCGGUCUCGACAUUCUUCGCCGUGAGAAUGACCAAGGCGCUUUGAUCCAGUACCGUGCUAUCGGUGGCACGCUAGACUUCCGCUUCUUUAGCGGCUCCACCGAAGCCGCGACGCCACCUGCUGACGCCGAGGCCGAGCAAGUCGAGGCCACCGUCGGGGCCUCGCUUGCUUCCCGCGCUGACAUUGGCAGCAGACAGGAGGCGAGCAAUGCGACGGCUUCUGACGAUUUCGACGCGUCUCGCCUCCUAAACAACCCCACGACGGCCUUUGAGCAGUACGCAACUUAUCUUGGUGGUGGACCUCUUCUCGUGCCUCGAUGGGCCCUCGGUCUGCACUUGCUGCGCUGGGGACUCAACACCGUCAAUGACAGUCGGGAAAUGGUUGAGAACAUGCGCCUGGCCGACAUUCCCCUCGAGACUGCUUGGGCCGACAUUGACUGGCUGCAAGCAUACCGCAACUUCGCGCCAGACCCCAACCGCUGGCCCGCUGAGGAGCUCAAAGCUUAUGUCGAGGAGCUGGCUACGAAGAACCAACACUUUAUGCAGAUCGUUGAUGGUGCUAUGCCCGCCGCCCCAACAAACGACACCGAUGUCUACUUGCCGGGCACUGCUGGCGAUGAAAUGGACCUCUGGUGGAAGAAUGCGAAUGGCACCGACUACGUUGGUCAGGUAUGGCCAGGCUACACAAAGUGGCCCGACUCUCAUCACCCCAACUCGAGCGAGUGGUGGUACCAAAGCCUGGCGAAUCUUUCCCAGACGCUGCCCAACCUGGCCGUGUGGCUCGACAUGCAAGAGCAAUCCUCCUUCUGCAUUGGUUCUUGCGGAUCUAACCAAAACCUCAGCGACACACCCGCUUACCAAGCAGCGACGAGUGUUGCUGGAUGGCCCGAAGGUUAUUCGAACACGACCUUCGGCAACUCUGGCAACAUUACCGUGAAUGGUACGCUGACCUUUGCGGGCGUCGGCUCUGGCAGCGAUGAACCUCUGCAGCGCCGUGCCGAGCUCCCUAGCAGCGAGCUGUCCGUCCGUGCUGCCAAUGCCAGCGACUUCCACUAUUCUCCCGCCGAUCACGUGUACCAGAAUGCCACGCAACGUUUCCUUUGGGAUCCGCCUUAUGCCAUCCACAAUGGCUGGACAUCGAGCCCUGGACCAUUGGUUGACAACCUCAACAAGAAGACCAUCUCCAUGGAGGCCGUCUCGAAGGGCGGUGUGUCCCACGACGUGCACAAUUUGGAAGGCAGCUUGACCGGAGCACACAUUCAUGACUCUUUGCAGCGCAUCAAUCCCGAGUCGCGCCCCUUCAUCAUUGCUCGCUCGACCGCUCCUGGUGCAGGACGUCGUGUACAUCACUGUGAGUAAGACGGGUACUCGCUGUUUCUUUGGCCGGUGUUGACGUUAGAUCAUCGUCGAUUGCAGGGCUUGGUGACAACUACUCGACGUGGCAAUACCUUGCCAAGUCGAUCCGGGGUGUGCUUCAAUUCCAGCUCUUUGGCUUCUUUUCUGGCUCAGACGCCUGUGGUUUCAACCGCAACUCGAACGAAGAGCUCUGUGAGUGCUUAUCAAUUUGAAGAAACGCUUGACAAUGUGGCUGAUCGCGGCACUUUCAUCCAGGCAACCGAUGGAUGUCUCUUGCAGCCUUUACGCCUUUCGCUCGUGGCCACAACACACAAGGCGCCAUUUCGCAAUUCCCUUACGACUGGGAGAGCGUGGCCAACGCAACGCGUACAGGCUUCUAUAAGCGUUAUGAGCUCCUUCCGACGCUCUACACCGCUAUCGCCCGUCACUCGCAGAGGGGCACACCUGCUGUGAAGUCUCUCUGGGUCGACUUCCCUGAGCACUUCAACGAGCUGAAGGCUACCGAUACGCAGUACAUGUUUGGCCCGCUGCUCGUCACACCCGUGCUGCAACCCAACGUCACCACUGUCGACGGCUUCUUUCCUGCUGCGGGUGGUGCUUGGCGCAACGUGUUCGACAAGUCUGCCGUUACCAUUUUCAACAAAAACAUUACCAUCCCUGCGCCGCUUUCCAGCAUCAAUGUCCACCAGCGACCUGCGAGCGUUUUGCUCACACACGCAAGACCCGCUUACACCACCACAGAGUCCGCCGCUGGUCCUUUUGGCCUGUACGUCAACCUGGGCGACGACGGCAGCGCGACAGGCGAUGCGUACGUCGACGAUGGUCUGACUCCACCGCCAAACCCCGCCAAGGAACUCAAGUUCAGUGCCAAGAAUGGAAGCUUGACGGGCGAGGCGUCUGGCGACUACAAUCUGGACCAGAAGCUCGACGAGAUCUUGCUCUUUGGUCUCGAUGCUGCGCCAUCGAACGUCACUGUCGGUGACAGACAGUUGGAGCAGGGCGCUCUGAUCUUCGACAACAACACCCAAUCGCUCAACAUCACGGGUCUGGGUAUCGAUCUGAAUGGUCCUUGGUCCGUCACUUGGCAAUAG